GGGCUGAGGGUGCAAAUCUGGCAAAUCCUUCUCUACCACCUGGACAUCUCCUCUCCCUGCCAUCUGUAACAGACCAGGCAUGUAUAUGAUUUACUUUUUGCACUGUGAGGGUAAGGUUGUGUCCUAAAUAGAGGAGAUAUUUUAGUUACCUUUUUAGUAGAAGUUGUUACCCUUCAUAUCCUCUCUGUGCUUGAACCAUCUACUGAGUCGGUUAAAUUAAUUGCUAUGUUCUUUAUUUCAGAAAAACUGUAUAACUCCAAUGGACGAGAUUUAAGAAGGGCUCUUUUUUCCCUGAAGCAGAUAUUUCAGGAUGACAAGGAUUUGGUGCAUGAAUUUGUUGUGGCUGAAGGUCUGACGUGUUUGAUCAAGGUGGGAGCCGAGGCUGAUCAGAACUAUCAGAACUACAUCCUGAGGGCUUUGGGCCAGAUUAUGUUGUAUGUGGAUGGGAUGAAUGGAGUAGUGAACCACAAUGAAACUAUUCAGUGGCUAUACUCUCUUGUUGGGUCAAAGUUCCGCCUGGUGGUGAAGACAGCUCUGAAACUGCUGCUCGUCUUUGUGGAGUACUCGGAGUCAAAUGCACCUCUUCUUAUUCAGGCUGUCUCUGUUGUUGACACCAAAAGAGGCAUCAAACCCUGGUCCAAUAUCAUGGAAAUCCUGGAGGAAAAAGAUGGAGUUGACACAGAGCUGCUGGUUUAUGCAAUGACUUUAGUGAACAAGACAUUGUCAGGGUUGCCAGACCAAGAUUCCUUCUACGACGUGGUGGACUGUCUGGAGGAGCUGGGCAUCGCUGCUGUGUCCCAGAGGCACUUGAACAAGAAAGGGACUGACCUGGACUUAGUGGAGCAAUUUAACAUUUAUGAGAUGGUGCUUAGGCAUGAGGAUGGUGAUGAGACCGCAGAGCCACCCCCCAGCGGGCUCCGGGACCGGAGGAGGGCCAGCAUGUGUUCUGGUGGCAGCGGGGGUGAGCCUCAAGGCCUUGACCGCAGAAGGAGCCGUCGACACUCAAUACAGAACAUCAAGAGUCCACUGUCAGCUCCCACCAGUCCCUGCUCCCAGUCGGUUCCCACCUUCAAGCCCAGCCAAGUGCGAGAUCUCUGUGAAAACCAGGCCAGCCAGGCCAGCCAGGCCAGCCCUGUCUCCAAGCAGAGCCCCCCUGAGAAGGAUGCUGUUCCAGAAAGUUCCAUGCUCCCAGCAACCUCAAGUGCCACCUCACCAGGAAGGAGGCUUGCGACCAGCACAGUGGCGGGGAAACCCCUCCAUGGCGGGUCCUCUGAGUCUGACACCACCCGGUCUGCCCUUCUGCCACCCCACAGCCCAGCAUUGGCCACUUGGCCCACUUCCACCACACCAAAGGUGUCACCAACCGUAGAAAAGCUGCCCUAUGUGCCCCACAGCCCCUUCCACCUCUUCUCCUACGACUUUGAGGACUCUCCCUUACCCAGCAAGGACAAGGAAGCAGAGUCCCAGAAGGAAAACAGAUACAGCAAUUUUGGCAACAACUCUUACCAGUCCUCAAGAUCCUCUGGUCCUGGUGUGCCUCCCACGCCCACAUCAUCUCUCUCACCCCUACAGGAGGCCAGGAUGGAAAGGUCAUCACCAACUGGUCUUCUCACGUCAUCUUUUAGACAACAUCAAGAGUCACUGGCAGCAGAGAGAGAGAGACGGCGGCAGGAGAGAGAAGAAAGGCUACAGAGAAUAGAACGUGAAGAAAGGAACAAAUUCAACCGAGAGUAUUUAGACAAAAGAGAGGAGCAAAGACAAGCAAGAGAAGAAAGAUACAAAUACUUGGAGCAGUUGGCAGCUGAGGCGCACGAGAAGGAGCUGAGAAGCUGGAGUGUGAGCCGUGGCAGAGCUGACCUCUCCUUGGACCUGACCUCGCCAGCAGCCCCUGCCUCACCCGCUGCUGUAAGCCAGAGCCCUUCGUCUGUAGACUCACAAGAGGCUCUGGCAGUAUCAUCCUCCUCCCCAGCAACACCUCAGCAUCCCCAAGUGAGUUCUGGGGAUCCUAAGCCUGAACCAGAGGCCGAGCAGGUUGCUGAUGAAGCCAGCCAGGACCUAGCCUUGGCCCCAGGAGGAGCAGAGAGGGAAGAGGAUCGGACACUGGAGCCAGAACCAGAAGACAGAGCUUCCCUCAGUGAAAAAGAGAGGCAGAACGAGGAGGUGAAUGAGAGAGACAACUGCUCUGCCUCCAGCAUCUCAUCCUCCAGCAGCACGUUGGAGAGGGAGGAGAAAGAGGACAAGCUCGCUAAGGACAGGGUGACUGGAUUGUGGUCCACAGGCAUUCAAGAUGCAGGCUUAAAUGGACAGUGUGGCGACAUCCUCACCAACAAACGGUUCAUGCUGGACAUGCUGUAUGCCCAUAACAGAAAGUCCACAGAUGAUGAGGAGAAGGGCAGGAGUGAGGACGAGACUGGGAGGAUGGAGCAGGAGGCAGAGGCGGUGGCCAGCCUUGCCACCAGGAUAUCCACGCUGCAGGCCAACUCUCAAGCCCCAGAGGAGAGUGUCAGGAGGGUGGGUGUGGGCUGUUUGGACAACCGGGGCAGCGUGAAAGCAUUUGCUGAGAAAUUCAACAGCGGGGACCUGGGGAGAGGUUCCAUCUCUCCCGAUGAGGGGUCCGAUGACAAGGUCUCAGAAACACCUACACAGCUGAAGACUGAGUCUGAUUAUAUCUGGGACCAGCUCAUGGCUAAUCCAAGGGAGCUCAGAAUCCAAGACAUGGAUUUCACUGAUCUGGGGGAGGAGGAUGACAUUGAUGUCCUGGACGUGGACUUGGGUCACAGGGAGGCCCCUGGGCCCCCUCCCCCACCCCCACCUACCUUUCUGGGUUUGCCGCCCCCACCUCCUCCACCCCUGUUGGACAGCGUGCCUCCCCCUCCAGUCCCCGGUAAUUUAUUGGCUCCUCCUCCUCCGAUGUGCAACGCUCCUCAGGGCUUAGGGUGGUCCCAGGUACCCAGGGGUCAGCCCGCAUUCACUAAGAAAAAGAAGACCAUCCGUCUUUUCUGGAAUGAAGUACGGCCCUUUGAGUGGCCUUGUAAGAACAACCGCCGCUGUAGAGAAUUCCUGUGGUCAAAACUGGAACCCAUUAAGGUGGACACUUCCAGACUGGAGCACCUGUUUGAAUCUAAAUCCAAAGAAAUGUCUGUCACAAAGAAAACUGCUGCAGAUGGAAAAAGGCAGGAGAUCAUCGUUCUAGAUUCCAAGAGGAGCAAUGCCAUCAAUAUUGGUCUGACGGUGCUGCCCCCUCCAAGGACAAUUAAGAUAGCUAUUUUGAAUUUUGAUGAAUAUGCCUUAAACAAAGAAGGAAUUGAGGUAAAAGAACUUCUGUCAAGCAUUCUUUGUGUUCUAUAAUAUAGCCCAUACAUAAAAUUUACAUCACAUCAUUACACCCUUAUGACUUCCUUCAUAGGAUGGCUUGCCAUUUUUCUGUCCUCAACCAGACUCUGAAUAAUGUUACUAAUUCUUAUGUUUAUUCUGAGUGAGGUGAGCCUCACUUUGCCUGGGAGAAUCCUUAUUAUCUGACUCAUUUAUGGACCGC